AUGUAUCUGAACAAGUAAGUCCCGUCAUAUCUCAUAGCCAUGUCAUGUUUUUGCGGCUUCUUUUUAUCUCCGACGAUCUAUUUUCAGACAAAAAAUAGGGCCUCCGAUCAUUUAUAUACUGUUAUUUUUGUUCGUAUUCACCUGUAACAAACAAUGGACCGACCAAGAAAUUGCCGUCAUCUCAGCUACACACUUCUCACAUUCGAAGAGCGGGUAGAAGGGACAUUUGUAAACGUUCAGCUCUAUUCUUUCUGUCGUUUCAGGUAUCCCGAGAACACGAUGGCUAUUUUAUUUAACAGUCAAAAGAGACUAUGGCCUCCACGCCCCUUUAUUUGUGUGUCCAAUAACGGCACUCAUGUCUUUGCUGAACUGGCCAAGAUUCGUUAUGCUUUUGAACCCAUUUACAUAUGCCGAUGGGCUACUUACAUCAUGACUUGUCCAGUAGUCGGCAUUCCCAAUGGAUUCGCUUUAAGUGACACUCGGUUUAGUUCGGCAACGAUUCAGGUAUCAAGCAUUACAAAAAAAUCAUUUUAUUAGGUACCAUACAGGCAAGCAGUUGAGCAGAGGCUGGGCGUUGUCGCUUGCUUCUCGCCAUUAUUUUACAACGAACGAUGGCAGUUGAUUAUUCCGACUUUAGAGAUCUAUCGACAACUGGGUGUAGACGUACAAGUAUUUUACAUUCAGAGCAUGCUUACAGACAUCAUGGACUACAUGAAGGUAGCGUGCCAAUUUUCGCUUCAUUUGGCGACUUUAGGUUUACGAAAGAUUGAAUAUAAUCAAAAUAAAUACCUGGAAUAUGAUACGAUUAGAUCCGGCCAAAGAAAGAAAAUUAGGAUACGAUCCAAAUGCGGAAUUGGAAUGGAGGAAUCAGGCCACGGCACACACGGACUGCUUCAUUCAUUAUAAAGUAAGUUCUCUUUACAACUUAAUACGAACAUUGCAGCAAGCUGCAGAAUUCAUAAUAAUAUCGGAUAUUGACGACAUUUUAUUCCCCAAACUGGGAGAUACAUAUCUGGAAGAAUUCAGAAGACUGUCGGUGACAUUUCCCCAAGGAGCAGGGUUCUCGUAUAGCCGUUACAAUACAGAACUUAUCGCUAGUAAGUCAUUGGUGAUGACGUAACAAUAUUUGCAGGUAAAUCAGCCCAGGAUUACAGUCUGGCAUCUCUUUUAAACAGUGCCAGAAUCGCGAAUGAAUGGGAAGAUGGAAAGUAUGUGGUAAGGCCAGAAUUCAUAGAAACAGUUUGGUUACAUUGGCCCGGGAUCAUGGACUCCAACCACAAGAUGUACGCGGUUGAUGAAGAGAUCAACAUCAUGGUUCAUAUGAGGAAUUGGAGCAUUGUAAGUCUACAAACCCUAUAUCAACCAGUGAAAGAUCGAUUACAGUUACAACACAAACCACAAAACAUCGAAGACAUUUGAAUUAUUCAAGUAUCAGAUAUCCGACGUCAUCCAACCACAGAUGACACAUGAUCUCGAGAGAAAUUUCAGAAGAUUCCUCAGACUUUAUGCCCAGAAAGAAUUCGAUCGGCUACCAAACGAAGUUCGAUAUUACCCAUUAAUUGAAGAAUGUUACAAUCGGAUCUUCUACGGCCGUUCCAAAAGACCCGAGAGUUGCCCCGGUCCUCUCAGAUGUGAUCUCCCCAAAGUCGAAGGCCUUCGUUGUUCUAUUGCACGCAAAGUGUAUGAACAUGACUCCAUGAACACGAAGGUGAAGAUACAUUUUGCACGAGAUGGCGGUGAUUUCGUAGUUAGUUAUAAUGGUUGUACUAUGUGA